UAAUCUUUGAGAUGGAUUUGUUUUCCCCGCGAAAAGUCCUCAUUUAAAUAGCAGUAAUUUUAUGCAGUGUCGUGUAUUCACUCUAUUGAAAUGUAAUUUUUAUUGGUUGUAAUGGCAUUUCAAUGCGAUGCGGAAUCCGGAGUUCAGUUUCUAUCCAGAUGUGGUGCCAAUUUGAGCCUUAAAGGGAUAGAUACGGUGAUAUUUGAAACUGGCCCCGAAUUAAAUGAUGUGAUUGAAAUUACUGGCGAUCCAUCGUGUGGAAAGACGUUACUUGUGACGAAGUUUUUAGUGAAAUGCGUAUUACCGAAAGAAUGGGGAAAAUUCCAUAUUGGCGGGCUGAAUGUUGGGGCUAUAUUGAUGGAUACAGACCAUCACUUUCAUUUGCUAAAACUUGUAAAUUUGAUGGAGCUACAUCUUAUGAAAUGUAGGACACACAGUGAAGAUGUUGAGGACAAUAAAACAGUGUUAGAUUCGGCGACUGUGGAGAAAAUAAUCAAGGAAUCUCUAAGAAAACUUAUAAUUCUUAAAUGCUACGACAGUGCACAGUAUCAAAUUACAUUGUAUUCUUUAGAAAGACUGUUAAGCGUCAACCGAUAUGUUAGUCUGCUGGUGCUAGAUAGCAUAACUGCGUACUAUUGGCAGGAUGUUGCCCAGGGUGGCGUUCGUAAAAUGGAUCUUUACGUGAAGAAAAUGCUUCAGACGAUAAAGAAGUGCCUCAUGGAGUAUAAACUAGUGCUAAUGUAUACCAAGCAAACAUAUUUCCAAUCAACAAAAUCUUCCACAGACAGUCAUGAUGAUAAGACCACACCUACAUACAGAAUUCAUCUCCAGCAAUGUCAGGGCCAAUUGAAUAAUAAUCUGUUCUAUGCACAGAUUAGUGGACAAGGCAAAACUAAAUGUAUUUUGUAUAAAAUUGAUAACAGUGGUAUAACAUGGAAUCCUUAAAGCAGUCAGUCUUAUAUUAAAGUUGAGUUCUGAUACCAUCAAUUUACUAUUCUUCGUUUGCCAUUUGUCAGAAUAUAAUCAGCCAUGUUUUUUACAGUGUAGCAAGUGUGAAUUGUCUGUAUGAUGUAUUAUAGUUAGUUUAUGAAUGAAAUUUAGCUUCACAUCGUGA